UCUAGUGAAAAUGGCUGCCUUUCAGCUUUAAACCACAGCGGUUCAGGGUGGAAAAUAUCCAUCCCAUAAAACAGAAUUAGCACGAUCGCCUAGAAAGAAACCAUCCUGUGGUUCAAGAAUGUCCAUAUUCCGGCUUAAAUAACAUUAUGCAUUUGCUUUCAAGAAUGGAAGAUAGAGCUAUUUCAUGUUUAACCCAUUAUAUUCCGUGAUCUGCGUUCCAGAUGAGAAAAUGAUGCACCAAGUAUCCAACAACAGCAACGACUAUGGUCUGGGUAGCAUUGGGGAUGAUGGGCAACACCCAGCCAGUCACUUUGACUUGUGUAGUUCACAAUCCAACAAAUUUUUCCCCACCGCCCCACCUCCCUCAUUACAACUGCCACUCCCCAACUUGCCCCCCUUGCCACAGAGGAUGAUCAAGCCCAUGUCCUGUCAGAUGCAGGACUCUCAGAAUGAAUUUCACUCCCAAACCGUUAGAAUGAGGGCUGCAGAUGCUCCAGAGGGCUCCAAAAAAAAGAAGGGCCUCGGAAAGUCCGGACGACGAGGCAGGCCCUCGGGUACCACUAAGUCUGCAGGCUACAGGACAAGUACGGGACGACCGCCCGGCACCACCAGAGCAGCGGGUUUUAAAACCAGCCCAGGACGGCCACUGGGCACCACCAAAGCAGCAGGUUACAAGGUGAGCCCAGGUAGGCCUCCAGGCAGCAUUAAAACUCUGGCAAGGCUUAAUAAACUGGACUAUGGCACAUGCAAUGGUGCACCGUUCCCUUACACCAUGAUGCAGAAGAGGGCCUUGUGUGAAGCCACUGUGAAAGAGAAGGACACUACUACCACCGAGUGAAAACAGUUUUUUUAUUUAUUUGCAAAAAGGGUGAACUCGGGUGUGGGUGCAUGUCCAAAGUCACAGUGAAUUGUGUUUGAGACAUCAAACUCUUGCAAGGGAGAAAAAAAAAGAUGGAUUUUGAUACUUCAAGUGUAUGUGACAGUGUUAAUAUUUUGUGUAUCUUUUUCCAAAGACCAUUAGCAUUACCUAUUUCGCUAUGACGUAUGUUAACCUACUGUACAGAUGUGCAUGACGGUGGUAUUGUGAAAUAAAGUUACAUAUUUGAACACA